AUGUGCCAGCUCCAGAAGGAUGCCACAGUCAGCUUUAAUAUCGCCAAAGUCAUCGUAGUUGGUGAUGUUGCUGUUGGCAAAACGUGUCUGAUCAGCAGGUUCUGUAGGGGUGCGUUUGAUAAGAACUAUAAAGCCACCAUCGGGGUGGAUUUUGAGAUGGAGCGUUUUGAGGUGCUCGGAGUUCCCUUCAGUUUACAGCUGUGGGAUACAGCAGGUCAGGAGAGGUUCAAGUGCAUCGCUUCCACCUACUACAGAGGAGCACAAGCCAUAAUAGUUGUGUUUGACCUCAGCAGUGUGACCUCAUUAGCACAUGCCAGGCAGUGGCUGGAGGAUGCAAUGAAGGAAAAUGAUCCAUCCAGUGUUUUAUUGUUUCUGGUCGGCACCAAGAAGGACCUAAGCUCUCCUGAUCAGCUGGCUCAGAUCGAGCAGGAAGCCAUCCGACUCUCUGAGGAAAUCAAAGCAGAGUACUGGACCGUGUCCGCAAAGUCUGGAGAUGGUGUCAGGGAGUUCUUCUUUCGUGUGGCUUCUUUAACUUUCGAGGCCAACGUUUUGUCUGAGCUCGAGAGAAGUGGGUCGAGGCACGUUGGGGACAUAAUCAGAAUUACUGACAACACAGACGGCCAUCGCAGACGCAAGAGGACCCCACAGUGCUGCUGAGACUGAACAAACGACUGCCUGGAUAUUCUGUAUCGAUGACACAGCAACACAAAAUGACUCAACAGAACUUAAUUGAAAAUGGACUCAGCGGUUCAGUGUGGAUAUCACAACCAGACCCCCUAAAAGCAUUAUGCUAAAGCUAAGCUAAAUUAUAUUGUAUUAGCAAUGUUCUCAAAUGGUCUGAGAAGACAUUAGUUAUGAGCCAAGCUGACAUGAUGAAUUGUAAGCUGAGUCUGUAAACAAAUCUGUCAGCAGAAUGAUCCAAAUAGUGUCCUCUCAGGAAUGUUUCCUGCGGACAAAUAACGCUUUGUGAUAUGCUUGGUUAAAUGAACAUUUAUCAGAGGAUGAUUAUUCUCCAUUAUUUUUUUUUCUUAAACUCCACUUGCCUUCUAAAAAUGACUGUCUGUCUGAAGCAGCAUUUUUCUCCUGUCAUGAAAUAAAUGUCAGUACCAGAAAUACCACUUUUUUUUUCAUUUACUUCCCUGGCCUCCAGUCAUGUGGCUCUGUGCUACUAAUUUGAUCCAUGUGCCGGCUCCAGUGACUGCAGUCAUACCCAUAGAGCAUCCCUCUCCUCUGACAUGAGGGUUCUCGUGAUCUUGAAAAUGGAGGGAUUGUUUGCAGGGGUUGAAUCAAGCGGUGAGUUGCCUCCGUGGCAAAUUAAUUUCCUCAGCCAGCCAGAGAGGAUGAAGAAGUCUGUUUCUUUAAAAAAAAAACCUGCAUACACAACCAGUCAAA